AUGACAGAUUCUGUUUUAGAUAAAUUACCUUCAAAAGUAUUUUAUAAAGAGUUGACUGGUGACAGAAGUGACAUAAGUGACGGUAAGUAUUCUAUUGUUUGUGAAAGUAUUACAACAGAUUCACCUAAACAGGGAAAAAUUAAUGAAAUUUGCAAGAAACUUAGACAAAAUAUAUACUAUUUAGAAAAUGUUCGUAAAGACGAUUCAUCAAUUUUCGAUAAACAUUGUUAUGAUUUGAAUUACUGGUUAUAUGAUGAAUUAUCUAAAGAACCCGAUGAAAGUAAUACAAAAAAUAUUCAUCCUUUUUUUGAAAAAAUUCAAGUAAAGUGGAAAAAUAUUAAAAGAGAAGAACAACCUCAGAAUAGUGGUAAAAUAUGUGAACCCAAAUCCGAACCUUUUAAAACAGGAUUAUUCAAAUGUAUUAAAGAAUUGCUUGAUUACUUUGAAAAUUUUCAAACAUUUAAAACUGAAAUGGAAACAGAGCAGACAGAAAUGAAGAAGAAAGAACCAAAUAAAUAUUGCGAGUAUAUUAAAAAAUGUGUUCCAUUAUAUUUUACGUUUAAACAACUAUGUAAACUAAUAAAAAAUGAGAUAUGCACAAAAUAUUUACAAAAUAAUGAUAGUUAUGAUCCUACACAAUUGUUGUCUAAAUUAUCAUGUGUGGAAGGAGGCAAAUAUGAAGUUAAACUUGAUGAUGGUCUCGUAAAAGAAAUGAUAACAACAUAUCAAUCAAAUUUCGGUAAUCUGCUUACAGGUUUUGGCAACAUUCUCCCAGGUUUUGGUAGUAUAAUCCCAGGAAGUCUUCAAGGCAUGUUUACGAACUCUAUAUAUAAUUUAAUGCAAAAGGGAUUUGCAGAAAAAUUACAUCCUAUGCGGGUAUAUUUUACACGGAAAAUUUCCAAAAAUAUGGGUUACCAUCUCUUUUUGGUCUUGGAUGUAAAAUCAAAAUAUAUAUUAAAAUAUGUGCAUUUUAAAAAAGAAUUAAUAAUUUUAAUAAAAUACAUACAAUUGUGA